CUCAGUCUAAACGUUUCAAUCUUUGAAGGGGAUUAAACAAUAUAUAUACUACUGUAUGUAUGUCCUGAUACGGAAUAUCUUCUUUCCUUUUCUUUUUCGUAGAAAUAUUAUUUUCCUUCUCAUGCACGUUCUUGGUCUAUUUCCUUAUUUAUCUGAAUAUUUCCCUUUGCCCUCUUAUGUACAGCCUUGCACUGCAAGCAAGCUCUUGUAUUGAUAAUGCCCUAUUUAGCUAAAGGGCUUUUAUAAAAUCCUCUCUCUCAUCACGCUUACAAAAGGUAUGGGGAAUUCCAUUUCCAAUUCUCAAAACAACCAAACCUCGCCGGAGAAACCGAGAGAUGUGUCAAUGGAAGGAAAGAGGUGGUUGCAAAGAAUCACACACGGCGAUUGAAGAAGCUGAGAAGGAGAAUCAAUGUGAGUGCUUGCAUGCGAAGAUGCAGGAGUGCAUGGAGACCCACUCUGAUUACUAUCACCCGAUAUUCGCUGCUGCGAAAGAAGCUGGUGACAAAGCGAUACAUAGGGAAGUCCAAGCCUUCAUAAAGGAGUGGAGAGGCCCAAAGGUGGAAGAGGAACUAGAGAAGUUCAUGGGAUUCAUGGAAAGAGGUGGCUGUAAAGAAUCAUUGAUGGCUUUAGUACAUUGCGAUAUGGAAGAUUGCGCUAAGGAAGACAGGGAUAAGUGUAUGUCCGUGGUACGUGAAUGUUUGGAGGCUCACUCUGAUUACUAUCAACCAUAUUUCAAGGCAGGAGCUGAAGCUGCUGAAGAAGCGAUGGUUAAGCAUAUUAUCGAAGCCUUCUCAACGACGUCAGAUCAACCAAUAGCAAAAGCAGGGGAAGACGAAUCCGAUGAGCGGUUCUUGGACUUCAUGAAAGGAGGUGCUUGCAAUGAACUCUUCACAGCUUUGCUAGAUUUAGAUUGCGGGGAAUAAGAGUAGAGGAAGCGGCAACGAGGAAGUUUAUCAAUGCUUCGUUCUUUAUUGUGACCGUUUUGAUUUGAAUAAAUACUCUUGUUUUCUUGUAACGAUAUUUUUUUUGUUUUUAUAUGACUAUGGUUCUACCCGGUAACCACAAAAAGAAUAAUAGGAAAAAAAAAUGAAAAGAAACAAAAUGAUAGAGUACUUAUUGUUCCUUGUCGGAUUUCAUAAGAAAUGAUUUUGCUUUAUAAUUCAUUAAAUAUUGUUAAAUUUAAGGAACAAAGAGGAAUUACAUAUUUCCAUUCAUUCCCUUGAUCACGAUUUAAAGCUAAUAUAAUUUUUUUUUAAUAAUUUUGUCCAUUGAUUUUUUUAACUCUCAAAUUUAUGGAAAUACCCAAACUAAUUCUUAAAAUGAUGAUGUAAUACACAAAUAAACUCUUACUCCGAAUAUUUAAUAGUCUGUAAGAUAUGCCUAUAACCGUGUAGCCACAAAGUGAAAUUAGCCACAAAGUGAAAUUAGUGGUAAGCUUUUGAACAUGAGUUGUUUAACAAUUUCAAAACUGACCUAUCACUAGACUAGACUAUGGUGGUUAAUUUGUUCAUUGUUGAAAAAAAAACUAUUUUAUCUGUAGAAAGGACUAUAUGAAUGCGUUGAAAAAAACGACCAUAUAAUUUAUUUGUCUGGAGAUAUAUGAAAAAUAUAUUAAAAAAAAAUUACUCUCUCUAUUUUAAAAUUUAAAAUUCUUUUCCUAAAAUAUAAAAUCUCAUAAAACAGAAAGAGUAAUAUAUAGAUAAAUACAA